CAUCAGCAGCGACACGCCUGUAUCGUUCACACGAAAUAUGUCGUUUUAAGCUUUUGUCUAGGGUUUUUACAUUCAUAUAUACAGAUAACUUCAUUUUAAAUAAAUACGCAGUAUCGCAGCGCGUCGCCGCUUCAACGCUCCACAUUUGUGUUAAUUUACGAAAUAUGUCGCCCGUAUAAAGUCUAUAUAACAUUUAUUAAACAUUAAGUAAAACUGAUUGUUGCGUAACACGUUAAUAAAUCUCCAAUAAUUUUAACGCGUAUAAUAAUAUGUUCAUUAUGUGAAGUUCAUAUAUUUUAUAGACCACGUGCAUAACACUUUAUAUACAUUAUAUAAGUGUUUUAAAUGAAAGUGAUGUACGGUGUGUGUGUAGUGUUGUUACUUGUCGGCUGCGCGUGCGCAAGUCAGUCGACAGUAACAGUUUUGCAGUUACAAUUAACCUACAAUGAAAUACACACGCUGUCCAUCAAUAACACUAUUGAGUAUAUAUUGGAAUUUACGCCGCCGCAGCCGUUGCCACUAGCGGCCCCCAGCCUGGUGUGGGUGCAGAGCGUGGGCGCCGACACCGCGCACCCCGUGCUCGUCACCGCGCGCCAGAGAGCCGGCGCAGUAACAUGGCAGAUUCCGUACGAAUCAGACGCGCACACUCUGUACGAGUUGGAGCGCACGUUAUGUCCAGACGACACCGCAGACGGUGGCAGCGACAGCUGCGAGGGCCAAACUCGCACCGCUUUCUCGCUGCACAUAUCGUCGGCGUGCGCGGCGCCGACCUCCCUGCGCGUGCGUGUGUCGCAGCCGUUCGUGUGGGACCUGCCCUUCGCGCGGGCCGUCACCGUCAGUGCCACUCAGUCAAUGCCUCGUGUGACGCACUACCGAUUCAUCGAGGGACAGACCAGCGUGCGGCUAAUAGUCUCCUCCGAAAACGAGGUGUGCGCCACUCUCUCCGUGCAAAACUACUCGUGCCCGAUCGCUCAGACGGUGACGGACGUGUCGACGAGCGGGCUGCGGUUGACAAUGAUGCGCUCGGGCGCUGUGCAACUCUCCAGGAGCGAGUACCCGCUCGGGUUCUACGUGGUGGCGCUGGUGCUGCCGUCGGAGCAGGCGUGCGGCGGCGCGGCGGCGGGCGAGCGCGACUGGCUGUGGGCCGCCGCGCUGCUCGGCGCCGACGCCGCGCGCGCGCGCUCGCUCGCCCGCCACAAGGCCUUCACCAUCUCCGUGGAGGCGGCAUUAACUCGCGAACAGUACGCGGUGGCCGCGGUGGUGACGCUGUUUCUGUUCCUCGCGUUCUACGUGAUAUUCGGUGCGCUCGUGUUGGCGCAGCGCUGGCCGCCCUUCGCCAAGUACGUGCUUCCUAAGGCCGUGCUUGCUUCGCAGACCGAUGCUAUUGACGCUAGCGCCGCAGAGCAAGCCCUGGAUGGACAAUCCGAAAUCAGAUCUGAAGGGACGACUCCCGCUCGCCUUCGCCGUCGCGGAUCCGAUGUGACGUUCGACAGCAGCGACAACAGCGACUCGGACGAUUCCAGCGCACCCGCAGCACUUCCCGCAUCCAGCACGCCCGUCGGAACACCUGCUGGCGCUAACCAAAAUUCCAGCAACGAAAACCGUACCAGUACUUCACCCGCUAGCGCCAGCCAGGUCCCCGCCAACGAGAGCGCAGUCACGCCGCCCGCAGCUACCGGCCGGACCGAUGUGGACGGCGCCCAAUCCGCCGCGACGCCUAAUGGGCGAACCGACGGGACUGAAAUACAAGGCCCGUUCGGGCUGCCGGCGCGCCUGCGGCUGGCGGCGCUGGCGCGGCGCGGCGGCCGCACGCUGCGCGCGCGCUCCGACCGCUACCUGUACACGCUGUACACCGUCGCCGUCUUCUACGCGCUGCCCGUCGUGCAGUUCGUCAUCGCCUUCCAGAUCAUCCUGAACGUGUCGGGCUCGCUGGACAUCUGCUACUACAACUUCCUGUGCGCGCACCGCGCGGGCGCGCUCAGCGACUUCAACCACGUGCUGUCCAACCUGGGGUACUUGCUGCUGGGCGCGCUGUUCCUGCUGCAAGUGCGCCGCCGACGACUGCGCCGCAAGCGACAGCCUCGACACCAGGAUUACGGCAUUCCGGCGCACUACGGGCUGCUGUCGGCACUGGGUGCAGGUAUGAUGGUGGUGGCCGUGCUCUCAGCCAGCUACCACGUUUGCCCCAACAGGCUCAACUUCCAGUUUGACACGGCGUUCAUGUACGUGCUGGCGGUGCUGAUCAUGGUGAAGAUCUACCAGUCGCGGCACCCGGACGUCAACGCGCGCGCGCACGCGACCUUCGGCGUGCUCGCCGUGCUCAUCGCUUUGGUGGUGUGGGGCGUGCUGGACGGCGGGCCGCUGUUCUGGGGCGUGUUCACGGUGUUCCACGUGUUCACCUUCCUGCUACUCUCGCUGCGCAUCUACUACGUGGGACAGUUUCGCCUCGAGAAGGAAAGCCUUGCACAAGCGGCGAGCGAACUGCGCAAGGGUUCUCGGCCGUUGUACCGCGCGCGCCUGGUGCUGCUGCUGGUGGCCAACGCGCUCAAUUGGAUGCUCGCUAUCUUCGGACUGCUAAAGCAGGGCAGCGACUUCGCCGGCCACAUGCUGCAGGUGCUACUGGGCAACGCGCUCAUGUACAUGGUGUUCUACCUGGCCAUGAAGCUGGUGCACGGCGAGCGGCUGCGCUGGUACGCGUGGGCGCUGCUGGCGGCGGCGGCGGCGGCGUGGGCGCCCGCGCUGUACUUCUUCCUGUCGGGCUCCACCGACUGGUCGGCCGCGCCCGCGCUGUCGCGCCACCGGAACCACGAGUGCAUGGUGAUGCAAUUCUACGAUUCCCACGAUCUGUGGCAUAUGCUGUCAGCGGUGGCUCUCUAUCUGUCCUUCAGCGCUCUACUCACGUGGGACGAUGGCCUCUCUGCAGUCAAAAGAACCGAUAUACCAGUUUUUUAAUGAGUCAAAUAGUAAUAAACCAUUU